AUGAAUUCCACUACCAAUAAUACAACUUCUGGAGGUGCUCGCCGCACACUAGCUUCCACUUCGUCAUCGCCAAGAGACGCCCUCAAGCAUGGCAUCGAGCUCGACAACAACGAUGAGCAGCAAGUUGCCAAGCGUACUAGACGCGAAGAAGUUUCUAUCACACCACCCAGAAAGUCGGCCGACCACUCCCCAAGAAAAGUUCAAGGCAAAUCCAAACCACUAUUGUUUACAACUUCGCGCGUCGAAAGCUCCACUAGCCAUACCUCUGUUGGUCUAUCUAAUGAUCCCCGCGGCCAUCCCUCUCCUUUAACUGCUACCGAUGAUCAUCACAUGGCUGGCCUAGUUUCUCAGGAUACCACACCCACAGGUUCCCAAGAUAUUUCGAAGAAGCAAUAUUAUGGGCGUCUCAAACAACUGCUUCAGCAGAAAGAUGCUGAAAUAAUGUCAUUGAAAAUCAAACUUGAGGUCAGAGAAGAAUUCGACCUCGAGAAUAUUGCUCGUGAGGAAGAGCUUAAAGACACAAUUGAGAAGCACCGUUCAGAUGCCGAAUAUUGGAAAGAAAGAUCUUCUUGCGGUCUUGAGAGUUACAGUAUUUUGCAGGAAAAAUACAAAGUUCUUGAAAUCAAGCUUGAGACAGCUACGACCGAGUUACAAGUGAAAUAUAAGAAGCUCGAGGCCGAACACGAAGCAGUCAAGGUUGAAUUUGAAGAGCAAUGUACUGUUGUAGCAAUACAGGAGACGGAGCUAGCCGAAUUACAAGUGACAUACGAUACACUUGAAGCCAAAUACAAAACACUUAAAGCUACUGACGUUAACCAGGCUUCUUAUGUAUUGUAUGAUGGUCGAAAAUCUCCUGAAUUCAUAUCUGUCAAUCCCGAAAACCCAUUUUUUACAGAAGAGGAGCUGGCAGCAAAGCGACAGGAGCUUGCGGACCAGAACGCUGCCGAGUUGCAGCAAGCUUUGGAUGAUCUUUGUAACAAUGUCGUCAAGGACUGCGAUGUGCCUGUUCAGUCUAUCGAAGUGGUCCCGGAAGAUAUGAGAUGGAGCGAAGUACCUGAAGAAACGUCUGAAGCAGGCUCGAGGUCAUCAAGCCCAAAGAGAACCGGCUCUUCUGUUCCUCUCAGAUACGCCACACCAUCAGUCACCACCAAGUCACCGGACCCACCCAACACUUAUGAAUCCAAUCUUCGUUUGUGGGCUACACCUGACAGACCUCUUUUCCCUGACCCACCUGAGGAAUCUCCAUAG